UUCGGAUUAGAUUUCGUUGUCAGACUGGUAUUUAAAUAUGCUGCAGUAACGAAGCCGGGGAAGCCAGUGGCCGCUCAAGAUUCUACGCAGCAGUAGGAAUAUACGCUUUAUUAUACCUGUAUUAUUGUUUUCUUCAUUUGGUUCGAAAAAGGUAUAUUAUAUAGAACAGUAUUUUGAAGAUUCAACCGCGUCAGAAUUCAAAUGUAAGACGACAUCACAAUUUGCCAGCUGGAUCAUUUUUGGGAUUCCUCUACAGUUUGAAUGAAAAUCGUGCUUUAUAGCUGUGAUAUGUAAAUGUGCAUGUGAAAAUGACUUAGGAUCACUAGUAUGUGUUUAGUCUAGUCAAUUUUCUGGCUUAUAGUGGUCUGUUCAUCUUUGUCUCGUGUUUGGCCUGUAAAGACUUGGGGAACGCUUUCCAUUCAAGGAUAUGUCUGCAUAAUAUUUGAUUGAAAGAAAAAACAAACCAUCUACUAUACCAAUAACAAAGAGAUCCUCCGAAUUAUUUGAAUAGAAAAAGCACCAAUAGAGGUCCCUAUAGAGUAUAAGGUUGUCCAUUAUCGAAUUGCAUCAUGUUCAGCUGGUUGGGUACCGAUGACAGGAGGAAGAAGGAUCCUGAGGUCUUUCAGACAGUCAGCGAUGGCCUCAAGAAGCUCUACAAAACCAAGCUGUUACCCUUGGAGGAACACUACAAAUUCCACGAGUUCCACUCGCCCGCCUUAGAGGAUGCCGACUUUGACAACAAGCCCAUGGUUCUCCUGGUGGGGCAGUAUUCCACUGGAAAGACCAGCUUCAUACGAUACCUGUUGGAGCAGGAUUUCCCUGGAAUGCGGAUUGGGCCGGAGCCCACAACAGACUCCUUCAUUGCAGUGAUGCAUGGAGACACGGAGGGGGUGAUCCCUGGCAACGCCCUAGUUGUCGACCCCAAGAAACCCUUCAGGAAGCUCAACUCCUUCGGAAACGCCUUUCUCAACAGGUUUGUGUGUGCCCAGCUUCCCAACCCUGUUCUCGAGAGCAUCAGUGUGAUAGAUACUCCUGGUAUCCUGUCUGGAGAGAAGCAGAGGAUCAGCAGAGCUGCGAAUGAACAUGGACCCGGCUAUAGCGAGUAUCGUAAAUGCGCAUAUGGAGGCUACGACUUCGCAGCCGUUUUAGAGUGGUUCGCCGAACGCGUGGACCGCAUCAUCCUCCUGUUCGACGCCCACAAGCUAGACAUCUCAGACGAGUUCUCGGAGGUCAUCAAGGCCCUGAAGAACCACGAAGACAAGAUCCGGGUGGUUCUAAACAAGGCUGACCAGAUCGAGACGCAGCAGCUGAUGAGGGUUUAUGGCGCCCUCAUGUGGUCGCUGGGGAAGAUCGUCAACACGCCUGAGGUCAUCCGUGUCUAUAUCGGGUCGUUCUGGUCACACCCAUUGCUCAUCCCUGACAACCGUAAACUGUUUGAGGCGGAGGAGCAGGACCUGUUCAAGGACAUCCAGUCACUGCCCCGCAAUGCUGCCCUCAGGAAGCUCAACGACCUCAUCAAGAGGGCACGGCUCGCCAAGGUCCAUGCCUACAUCAUCAGCUCUCUGAAGAAGGAGAUGCCAAGUGUGUUUGGAAAGGAGGGCAAGAAGAAGGAGCUGAUCAACAGCCUGGGAGAGAUCUACAGCCGCAUUGAGAGAGAACACCAGAUCUCCCCCGGAGACUUCCCCAACCUCAAGAAGAUGCAGGAGCAACUGAACGCCCAUGACCUGAACAAGUUCCAGCCCCUGAAGAUGAAACUGCUGGACACAGUGGAUGACAUGCUGGCCCACGACAUCGCCAGCCUCAUGGUGCUGGUCAGGCAGGAGGAGACCAACCGACCCCAGCAGGGGGUGAAGGGAGGGGCCUUUGACGGUACCCUCAACGGGCCCUUUGGCCAUGGCUACGGCGAGGGUGCUGGCGAGGGCAUCGAUGAGGCAGAGUGGGUGGUGGCCCGCGACAAGCCAAUGUACGACGAGAUCUUCUACACGCUGUCGCCGGUCAAUGGGAAAGUGACGGGUGCCAACGCCAAGAAGGAGAUGGUGAAGUCCAAGCUGCCCAACACUGUGCUAGGGAAGAUUUGGAAGCUGGCUGACAUCGAUAAGGAUGGGAUGCUGGAUGAUGAGGAGUUUGCCCUGGCCAAUCACCUGAUUAAAGUCAAACUGGAGGGGCACGAGUUGCCCGCCGACCUCCCCGGUCACCUCAUCCCCCCCUCCAAGAGGAAAAUCCCUGCUGAGUAGAUCCCCCCCCUGCAUCCUCACUUCCCCAGGGCACUGAAGAAGAAAGGGAGUUGGUAGGAGGAAGGGCAGUGAAGGAUCUUUGGGGGUUGCGGGGGUAAAUUCAUCAAGGUUGGACAACCACGCUUCAACAUGAAACAAAGAAAAGUCUAAACUUUGUGGUCAUGCUUAGAGAGAGCAAAAAGAUUGAAAGUGUUGGCUUGCUCUUCUGACCUAUGUAUGAUUUGUUUUGUUUCUUUUUUUAAUUAAACUGGGUUGAAGGGGGUAAAGGUCAUGGUUCAGAGUUGGGGGAACUGAUAUUGGACUCUUACUGACUGCACCACCUGCAUGCCAUAUUAUUAAACACCCCCACUUAGAGUGUGCUAUCUGUGACAAUAACCUGCAUUAUCAUUGGAUACAUGAACCCUGUCUGUUUCUCAAGCAUAAAUGAUUUGUAUUUUAUUUGAGCCUGAAUUUGAACCAACGUCAUAUCUCCCUUGACAUAAAAUAGGCAUGUUUCAAAAAGGAUCAACUAAAUCUUAAUAAUCCUGCUACUUAUCACCUUAAAAUACAAUAACGGCUAAAAUGCAGUGAUAUGAACCCUUUUUUUAUAAAUAGGCAUAUUUAUAUUUUCUUCUUGUGUACAGGCAGCAUCCUAAAAAUGCAGGCCCUUUAUAGCCUGACCAAGAGACUGUUACAACUGUAUAGCUGUCAUGUCGUAAAUCUGAGUUGGUAGACCUUUAAAUGUAUAAUGCUUGAAAGUGCUUUCUAGUAACUAUUAUUUAGAAUACUUCACUGUUGAGGGAAAGAGACUUCAAUCUUUCCAUAGACAAGGAGGUGAACUGACAAUGGAGAUAAUGUUUCUGUCAUGUUCUGGCUUUUCCGAUGGGACGUAGAAUACAUACAAAUAUUCCUUAUGCGUAACUCAUUAAAAAGCAAAGGUUGUAAAUCAGCACUUUCAUUCAAUUAUCGUACUCAGAUCGCUUCCCUCGAUACUGUAGAUAGCACAAACAAAUUGUUAUAUUCUUCCUAUACUGUGACUUUCAAUGUUCAUCAUACAGUGUAUAUCUACCAUAGAGACUGUUCUAGGUUCUAUAUUUUAUGAUAUCCACUAGUGCUGUAGUUGAGACCACUUCUGGAUAUUAUCCACCAUAAAGAAUAUAUCAUAAUCCAAAUACCCUGUGUUUGUGUACAUGAUUGGUCAGAAACAGAAAGAUUGAAUAGGUCAAAUAUAUAUGGGUAUUGUAUGUAGAAAAGGGCCCCUAAUUGCGUGUUCAGGGAAAGUUUAAUUUCGUAGCUACAGUAAUACUGGCGGUUAUAACUGGGAUCAUGUUGGGGGAACACUUAUCUGAAAGGAGUUCUUAGGGGCAACUGAUAUGUUGAGAGAAUAUACAGCACACAGUAUGAAAGGGCUCUAUUCAAUCCGUAGCACUGAAGAUACGCUUUAUAGAGCGAUUGACAAUUAAAGACAAUGUUCCCGUGGUCGCGGAGACUGCAUUCACGGUAAACGCUGCGUAUGUCGACUCAAUCAGAAUGAGAGUUUCUCCCACUCUGUACACAAGGGGUAAGUUUCUUUCCCUGGCUGAUAUGACUGAUACUAUUUUCUCCUGCUGUCUGUCUGUUGCUGCUGACAGUACGCUAGGUAUCCUGUUGUCAUCAAUCUAUUGCUGCUGACAGUACGCUAGGUAUCCUGUUGUCAUCAAUCUAUUGCUGCUGACAGUACGCUAGGUAUCCUGUUGUCAGCAAUCUAUUGCUGCUGACAGUACGCUAGGUAUCCUGUUGUCAUCAAUCUGUUGCUGCUGACAGUAGGCUAGGUAUCCUGUUGUCAUCAAUCUAUUGCUGCUGACAGUACGCUAGGUAUCCUGUUGUCAUCAAUCUAUUGCUGCUGACAGUACGCUAGGUAUCCUGUUGUCAUCAAUCUAUUGCUGCUGACAGUACGCUAGGUAUCCUGUUGUCAUCAAUCUAUUGCUGCUGACAGUACGCUAGGUAUCCUGUUGUCAUCAAUCUAUUGCUGCUGACAGUACGCUAGGUAUCCUGUUGUCAUCAAUCUGUUGCUGCUGACAGUACGCUAGGUAUCCUGUUGUCAUCAAUCUAUUGCUGCUGACAGUACGCUAGGUAUCCUGUUGUCAUCAAUCUAUUGCUGCUGACAGUACGCUAGGUAUCCUGUUGUCAGCAAUUUGAGUAGAUGUUGCAAAUGAUACGGUAACCAAUAAAGGCGACCGAGCCAAGCAUUUCUCAUUCUGCUUCCUGCUUUUGUUUUGAUUAACUUCAGUAAGACUACUUGUAUUCCUGAGACCCUAACCCUUUCCAGAUGUCAGGGACCUAUGAAUCUACAUGGACACAAGUCAGAUGACUGUUUUCAUGCACGCCAAUUAAAGGGAUGUAUUUUCAGUCAGAUUGCAGCUUCUGAUUGUAUCGCACAUCACCUGUGCUCAACAGUUAUGCUUCACAUGUACACAACCCAUUCAAUGAUAACUACAUACACACACUGGAUGCCUGCUCUGUGUUCAUCAUCACAACGACUGUAAAUCCAUUGUACAGCCCCUUGUAAAUAAGAACACACAGUCUUCCCUGUCUGCUAGUGGAGAAUACUCAGACAGCUGUUGUGGUGGCACUCUCCGAUCGAUUGGCUAAUGUGGUGUAUCACAAGUGGAGGUGUUGGUGUUGUUUGUGCAGUCUGCUCUCUGAGCCAUGGAUAUAGAGAGUUAGAAGGGGUGUGUGCCACGGGCAAAUGGAAAGGGGUGUUCUGGGAUGUGGAUAUUUUCAUUCAGUUGUAUUAUUCAUGAUUAGCAAUGAGAGGUCUACUUGGUAAACCACAGUACCCUGCGUGUGUCUGUCUGUCUGUGCCAUUGUGCGUGUGUGAUUAACAGACUUGCAGAAAACCAGAAGCCAUGUUCUUGUGAAUGUUGUUCUAUGUAACUGUUCUCCAGUUGGUGGGAAGUUGGAUGGUAAAACAUUCCUCAUAUUAUGUUCUGCUUUGAAAACUAAAUAAAGCUCAUUCAUCUAUUA